AUGUUCCUCCAACCAUCCUCCAGGGCCGCCGCCGGCCAGAGCGCACAGGACAAGAAAAUCGCAGAGCAGCGAGCCGCCAUGCGCCCAUGGGUGGAAAAGUACCGACCAAAGACGAUUGACGAGGUGGCGUCUCAGGAGCAUACCGUCGCCGUGCUACAAAAAACCCUAAUGUCGAGCAACCUGCCUCAUAUGCUCUUCUACGGCCCGCCAGGGACGGGAAAGACGUCGACCAUCCUCGCGCUCGCACGACAGCUGUUUGGACCGGAGCUGAUCAAGACGAGGGUGCUCGAGCUCAACGCCUCCGACGAGCGCGGCAUCUCGGUCGUCCGCGAAAAGAUCAAAAACUUUGCCAAGCUCGCAGUCACCAACCCCAAAAUCGACUACCCGUGUCCGCCUUUCAAGAUCAUCAUCCUCGACGAGGCCGACAGCAUGACACAGGAUGCCCAGAGCGCGCUGCGCCGCAUCAUGGAGCAGUACUCCAAAAUCACCCGCUUCUGCCUGGUCUGCAACUACGUGACGAGAAUCAUCGAGCCGCUGGCGUCACGGUGCAGCAAGUUCCGAUUCCGAUCGCUGGCCACCGAGAGCACAAAGACGAGGCUCGAGUCGAUUGCCAAGGCCGAGGGCGUCGAGUUCGAGGAGGGCGUGCUGGAUACGCUCAUCACGACGUCGGACGGCGACCUGCGGCGCGCCAUCACCUACCUGCAGUCGGCAUCGCGCCUCCACAGCAUCGAGGGCACAGAACGCACGGCCAUUGCACCAGACUCGAUUGUCGAGAUCGCGGGCGUGGUGCCCCAGGCGGUCAUCAUGGGCCUCUGCACGGCGAUGGGCAUCGAGCCGGCCGAGACGGACGCCGACGGCGACGUCGAGAUGACGAGCGUGCAGAAGAAGGGCGGGCGGGGAUCGUCGUCGUCGUCGUUCCAGGUGAUCCGAGACGCGGUGCGGUCGAUUGCGCGCGAGGGCUUUUCGAUUACGCAGCUGCUGAUCCAGUUGCACGACGCCAUCAUCGGGCACGCCACGCUCAACGCGAGGAUCAAGGCCAAGAGCGCGCUGCAGAUGGCCGAGAUGGACAAGAGCCUGAUUGACGGCGCCGACGAGGAGCUGCAGCUGCUCAACCUCUGCCUCAAGAUCCAGGCCGUGGUCGCCACGGACGGCAAGGCGUGA